AUGUACACGAAGAUGAAGGGUGAUGCGUUCAUCUCAUCGAUAUCAGAUGCUUACACGAUAAUCAUACAUAUAUGUAGUUUUCUGGAAAAGUUUCUCCUGUUGUAUCUUGUACUGGUACGCUUCAAACAUCUAAACAAGAAGAUCGCGCCGAAUGUGUUGUGGAACGAAGAGCGACGCGAACGAAACUCAAUAACGAUAUCGGACGUACGAAUUAUGCACUCGAUGCUUUACGAUGCUAUCGAAGCCUUCAAUGAUAUUUACAGAAAUCCUCUAAUGCUAUCGUUUAUAUCUCUCUUGUUGCGCAUUGUUGCGAACUUCAGUAUCUUCCGAGAAGAAGGGCUGUUGAUUGGCAGCUCUUUUGUCAGUCCCCCGAUAAUGCUAAUACUAUUUAUAUGCACAAUUUGUCAUUAUACAGCGGAAGAGGCAAAUAACAUUGCGUGUGUCUUAAGCGAUGGUAUGACCAAGCUUAUUAAUUCAGGAAAUACGCCGACUAAAAUUGCCAUCUUAACGUAUUUCUUACACAAAUGCGUGUCUUUCGAUGCGGCAAGAUUUUUUAUAAUUGACUUACCUCUAUUUCAUUCUAUUUUUGCGGCAAUAACUACUUCUUUUAUAAUACUGGUAUAA